CGAUAGAAUCGAGCCAUUCGAGUCUCCUACCAUCCCAAGUUCACUUCAAAAUAAUCAGAAGCUAGAUCACUUCGUCGACAAACCGGAAAAGUCGGCAACAUGACAAAGAAGUUCGAAUUCAAUUGGCGAAUCGAGGUACCGGAACUUUUGAGAAAUGGUUCAACGUUCGACCGCUGGUUCGAAGACAAGGAAAACACCGAAUAUGAGCCAAACUGCUUAUUUAAAGUCGAUGAAUAUGGAUUUUUUAUCUAUUGGAAGAGCGACGGCAAGGACGGCGAUGUAAUAGAACUGGCUCAAGUGAGUGAUAUUCGUUAUGGUGGCACGCCAAAGGAUCCUAAAUUGUGCCAUAAAAUAAGUAAACACGGGACAAUGGAAGAAAUAGACCAGAAGAGUUUAACUAUAUGCUCGGGUAUUGAUUACACUAAUAUUCAUUAUCAGCAUGUUAUUUGUGCAGACGCAAAAACGGCUAAGGAUUGGCAAGUUGGGUUACGGUUAAUUACGCACAACACGAAAGCUUCAAAUGUUUGCCCGACAAUACAACUAAUGAAGCAUUGGAUGAGAUUGAGCUUUCAAGUAGAUCCUAAAGGAAAAGUGCCAGUGAAAGUUAUAUCAAAGACAUUUGCUUCUGGGAAAACAGAAAAAUUAGUUUAUCAAGGGCUAGCAGACAUGGGCUUACCUAGUGGAAAGAGCGAUAAAAUUGAGCCUAAGGAUUUUACGUUCGAGAAAUUUAAGAAUUUGUACUUUAAAAUUUGCCCUCGAAACGAUAUCGAGGAAUUAUUCCAAUCGAUAACCAAAGGAAAAUCGGAUACGAUCAGUCUAGGUCAGUUAGUACAAUUUAUGAACGAGAAACAAAGAGACCCUCGACUGAACGAAAUUUUGUAUCCCCUUUACGAUGAGAAACGAUGCACAGAAAUAAUCAACGAUUACGAACAAGAUGAGAAAGCAAGGAAUGACAAGUCCUUAACCAAGGAAGGUUUCAUUCGUUACCUAAUGUCUGAUGAAAAUGCACCUGUAUUUUUGGACAAAUUGGAAGAAUGGAUGGACAUGGACCAACCUCUUGCCCAUUAUUAUAUUAAUUCCAGUCACAAUACUUAUCUGAGUGGCAGACAAAUCGGUGGUAAAAGUACCGUUGAGAUGUACAGACAAGUCUUGUUAGCUGGUUGCAGAUGUGUAGAGCUCGAUUGUUGGGAUGGGAAGGGAGAAGACGAAGAGCCUAUCAUAACUCACGGCAAAGCUAUGUGUACUGAUAUCCUUUUCAAAGAUGUCAUAUACGCUUUAAGGGACACAGCGUUCGUCACAUCGGAGUAUCCUAUAAUUCUAAGUUUCGAAAAUCACUGCUGCCUGAAACAGCAAUAUAAGUUAGCCAAAUACUGCGAUGAAAUAUUGGGUGACUUGCUACUGAAAGAGCCUCUGAAAGAUUAUCCGCUUGAACCCGGGCAUCCACUUCCACCACCAAGUGCACUGAAGCGAAAGAUAUUAAUCAAGAAUAAAAGACUGAAACCGGAGGUAGAAAAGGUGGAGCUCGAGUUAUUUCGCUCCGGGCAAUUCGAGGCGAAAGACGAAGUAGUGGAGGAUCCCAGCGCACCUUCUGGACCACCGGAACCGCCAAAGGAGGAACCACCACCCGAAGCUGCACCAGCUGAAGGUGCUGCACCAGGUGAAGGAGGUGCUGAAGGAGAAGCGCCUCCAGUUCAAUAUACCGGCAGUACAAUGGCGUGUCAUCCAUGGCUCUCUUCUAUGAUUAAUUACGCACAGCCAGUGAAAUUUCAAAGUUUUGAAGUUGCGGAAAAAAAGAACAUACAUCAUAAUAUGUCCUCGUUUUCGGAGACUGCGGCACUCAACUACCUGAAAACGAAUGCCGUGGAGUUUGUUAAUUAUAACAAACGUCAGAUGAGUCGAAUUUACCCAAAAGGUACGAGGGCUGAUUCGUCGAAUUACAUGCCACAAGUCUUUUGGAACGCAGGCUGUCAAAUGGUUGCGUUAAAUUUUCAAACACCCGAUUUGCCUAUGCAAUUAAAUCAAGGAAAAUUCGAGUAUAACGCAACAACUGGAUAUCUACUAAAGCCUGAUUUUAUGAGAAGGUCGGAUAAAAUUUUCGAUCCAUUCUCCGAGGACGUAGACGGUGUUAUCACAGCUCAAUGUUCCGUUCAAGUAAUAGCAGGACAAUUCUUGUCCGACAAAAAGGUCGGCACUUACGUUGAAGUGGAUAUGUACGGUUUGCCAGCAGACACAAUUAAGAAAGAAUUUCGAACACGAAUGGUUCCUGGAAACGGAUUGAAUCCAGUUUAUAACGAAGAACCGUUUCUAUUCCGUAAAGUUGUGCUUCCCGACUUGGCUGUACUCAGAUUUGGUGUAUACGAAGAGAGCGGAAAAUUGUUGGGUCAACGAAUUUUACCACUGGACGGCCUUCAAGCUGGAUAUAGACAUAUUUCGUUGAAAACCGAGGCGAAUUUUCCCAUGGCACUGCCGAUGUUGUUCUGUAACAUCGAGCUAAAGAUUUACGUACCCGAUGGAUUCGAAGACUUCAUGGCAGCCUUGUCUGAUCCGGGUGGAUUCAGCAAAGGAGCAGAGAAGCAAGCCGAAACUAUGAAGGGACUAGGAAUCGAGCAAACCGACGCGAAGGCCGAGGCGAAGAAGAAAGAAGAGGAAAAGGCUAAAAAGGAGGAAUGGAAACCAGAGCCAAUUACGAUAGACACGCUAAAGAAGGAGAAAGCGUACAAACUGGGGAAAAAGCAACAGAAGGAUUUGGAUACAAUGAGGAAGAAGCAUCUGAAGGAACGACAGACAAUGCAAAAAAAUCAUUGCGCUGCCAUUGAUAAAUUGGUGAAGGGAAAGGACAAAAGCGCGCUGCUCCAGGACGCGAACGUGAAAAAAGUUAUAAGCGAACAAACCGCGCAAUGGUCCGCCAUGGUAGAACGGCAACGAAAAGAGGAAUGGGAGAUGUUGAAGAAUCAGACGGAGGCCGGCCGAGAGGAAUUCAAAAAAUUAAUCGAAAUUGUACAGGCCUCGCAGGUUAAACAGCUACAGGCAAAACAUGACAAGGAUAUUAAAGAUAUGAAUGCGAAUCAGGUAAAAGUAUCCGUGGAAACGGCUAAAGAAGUAAUGAACGACAAAGCGUUAAAGACAAAAGGAGACAAGGAUCGUCGACUUCGUGAGAAGAAGGAACAAAAUACAAAGAAAUUUAUGCAAGAAAGGAAAACUGUGCAAAUCAAGCAAGGCCGUGAAAAAGAAAAAUUGAAAGCUUCUCACGAAAAACAAGUGGCAGACUUAGAUGGCAAUAUUAACGCGACCAUUGAAAUGUACAAGAAUGAAGCAAUUCAUUUGGACAUGUCGUCUAAAACAGAAUUCUUUGUAUAAUUAUUAGACCUCGAAAUUUUCUACUUGAAAGUUUAUACUUAAUUUAAAAACAUAUUUUCUACCCAUACUUACUCGAUAUACAUACUUGGCACUAUUGUAGAAUUUAUUAAAUCUUUCAAUUUUUUCUUUCUCUUUAUGCGCUGUUUCAUUUUGAUCACAUUUUGAACUACUUCUAAGAUUCUUUAUAUAAUAUUAUUUGAUAAAUAUUAUAAUAACAUUUACAUAUAAUUCACGGAUGUGUGAUUCGUUUUGUAUUCCUUUAUAAAGGAUAAUUAUUACGAACUAUACAUACCUCUAAGUUUUGAAAUUAUACGAUAUAUAUAACGUAGGGUUUACAUUAACUUUUAACAUUUAAUAUUCUUUCAGUUGUAAGUCAAACAAUUUAUUUUCCAAUACUGUAUUUAUUGCAAUUAUGACUAAGUUUUGCUUACUAUUGUAAGCCUUUGUGAGAUUAUUUAUUGCGUUUCAAGUCUUUAAAUUCUUUAAAAAUCUAACACAUAUACCGUCGCUUUGUUAAAUAUCUCAGAAUGUAGUAUUUCCAAUUUAUUUUUAUUUGUACUUUUAUUGUACAGUUAUGAUACAUUAUGCUAUUUACACGCAUCGCUCGCUAUGAAUAAUUUUACACUAAUUUCAACUCAAAUCAUCGUAACGCUAUCAUCACCCUACAAUAUCUAAAAAUGUUCCUACUUUGUAAACGUGUGAGAAGGGUGACCGCUUCCGAGAAAUUGUUUGUGCGCAAAUAUUGUAACAAUCUGAGAGACUCGAUACAAGUAUGUAUAAACUUAGACGUUACUUCGUAGAACGGUAACUCAGACAGAAAACAGGGAAUAAGAUAAAACAAACAACGGGAAAGUCGGGCAAACAGAAAACCAACAAACUCGUGCAACGACUCGAUGUUUCACUGUCGGUGACUUAAAGCGUUUUCUCUUUAUAUUGUUCCACAUACCGUUGAACAAACGGUAGCCUAUAUACUCGUAAAGAGGCGAUGGAACCCGCACACGCACCCACCCAAUAGACUAUCACGUGCUCCAUAAAGGAAGUUCCUAAACAUCCGUAUUUCAAGGAGGUGGCCAGCGCGGGAUUGAAGUAGCCGCCGGAAUAAUCGAAAGCUGAAAUCAGCGUGAAAAUAAAUCGAGUAUAAGUGUAUCAACACGAUCAUCAACAAGUGUUCACAUCGAAAACAAGAGUCUAAUCUAUGGCCAUGAUACGAUAAUACAGAGUAUCUAAUAUUUGCAACGAACAGAUUUGAUUACUCGCAAACAUUUUCAGUUCUUAAAUUGCGAAAAGUGUAAUACCUUUUCUUUAAGAUGCCAGAUUUACUAAGGUGAAAGGAUCGUAGCGAGGUGAAAUCGUAAAGAAACUUUUCUCGAAAUAAGAAGAAAAAUCAAACGAGAAUAAAAGAAAUAUAGGAAAAUGUGGAAAAAAAACUAAGCGUUAUUUGAGUUAUUCCAAGCGAAUUUUUAAUCGUUUCUGGGGAAGCAAACAACUUAUAAAUUUAUUUUUCGCAUCUGUAAAAAUAAUAAAAAAUGUAAUAAUUCAAAGAG